AUGACCUCCUCCUUCCCUAUAUCAACUAUCGAUAUCCCGCCACCACCAGCAUUGGAUCCGACUCAUGAACCAACCAACACGUUAGCUCUAUUAUUACCUCAUCAAGCGUUAUUCUCACCUCCAAUAUUACAAUUACUGAAAGAUCACUAUGGUUUAUUUGGUGAAAUCAUACAUUGGGCUCCUGUGAAAGCAUUUGGAAGAGUUCUUAUCGUUUUUGCAAGUGAAGAAGAUGCCGAAAACACUAAAAAAGAAGGUGAUUGGUUAAAACUGGAUUUACAACAACCUACUCCAACUUCGACUACAUCUUCAACAGAGGAAACUAGAGUAGCCAAUGAUCACGAUCAUUCGGUUGAGAAUGACAAUAAUAGUACAGGAUCGAUAGGGAAAGCAGGAGAAAAGGGCUAUUUCUCUCCUGGAAGGAAAUUAAGAAAAUCAAAACCUUUGAAAUCUGAAUUGAUACUUCGAUUACAUUACUUGCCGCCUACAUUGCUUCAUCCCGAUCCAUCUACGACUCACCUUGCUCCACCUGCACUACCACAUAAUUUCUUGAUUUCACCACCUGGUUCACCUCCCGAAGGAUGGGAACCGAUCCCCGAGGAAGGCCCGAAUACUACCAUCUUAGCUGAAGACUUACAACGUGCAUUGGAAUCACUACAGCUCAACGGAUCAUUCGGUAAGAAAGGAAACGGUGCUAAAGAGACUAUACUGGACGAAGGUGGUGUGAGAGUCGAAGUUGAGGAUACAACAAAACAAGAUGAUGUAGCAGGGGAAGAAUCAACUAGAUGGGAUCAAGAUAUCGAAGAAAUCAUAGAUACUUCUCACGGUGGUCAAAGUAUUUGGAAUGAACCCAAUCAAAUUCACGGUCAUGGUCAUGGUCACGGUCAUUUCACUCCAUCACUAAACAAUUCUGGAAGUUUAAGUGGUAUGGGAACUCCAAGUGGUAAGAUCAAAAUCGCUCCAACAGCUAGACCACCAAUGUAA